AUGUCCGGCCUCACCGACGCCCAAGUGGCCUCCUUCCGCAAGAAUGGAUACCUGGUAGUCCCCGACUACCUCAGCAGCGCCGAGGUGUCCUCGCUGCUCUCCGAGACCGAGUCCCUACUCAAUGACUUCUCGCUAGAAGACCACCCACUGACACAAUUCACCACCGGCGAUGAAGGCGACGGCAACGCCCACGUGGGAGACGACUACUUCCUCAACUCCGGUGACAAAGUGCGCUUCUUCUUCGAACCAGACGCCUUCAGCGAGGAGCCCGACCCGCUCACGGGGCGGGCUGCGCUACUCAAGCCCAAGCAGCAAGCCGUCAACAAGAUCGGCCACUCGUUGCACACGCUCUCAGCACCUUUCAAGGCCGUCUCGCUGACAGAGCGCAACGCGUCCGUCGCGCGCGAUCUGGGAUUCGUCGAUCCGCGCGUGCUCCAGAGCAUGGUUAUCUGCAAGCAGCCGUCUAUCGGCGGGGCGGUGCCCUCGCACCGCGACUCGGAGUUCCUGUACACGAACCCACCGUCGGCGGUGGGGUGGUGGUUUGCGCUGCAGGAUGCCGGGGCUGGGAAUGGGACGUUGGGGUUCUGGAAGGGGUCGCAUACCGGUGCGAAGGGUGGGGCUAUUACUCGGAGAUUUGUGAGGAAGGCGGAUGGGAAGGGGACCGAAUUUGUGGCUAAUGAGGGGCCGAGUCUGCCUAGGGGCAUGGAUGAGGAGAAGAAAGGUGAGGCUGAAGAGGAGGAUCUGGAGAUCGUUGAUGUCAAGGCGGGUUCGCUGGUGCUGAUUCAUGGGAAUGUGCUGCACAAGAGUGAGAAGAAUACUAGCUCGCGCAGCCGGUAUGCGUAUACCUUCCAUGUGAUUGAGGGUGCGGAGGGGUGGGAGUAUGAUGAGCGGAAUUGGUUGCAGCCACCCGAGACGGGCUUUUCGAAGCUAUACGCAUAA